AUGCCGUCCAUGAAGAUUGCUCCGAUGCUGCUGUUGCUGCUCCUCAUCGUCCCGCAGCCCAUCAUCACUGAUGAGGGCAAUGAUACGGACAACCCGACGAUGUUCAAGCCGCCCGGCACGAACGACCCCAAGAUGACGCUGAUUCCCAAGAAAAGCCGGCCUCCUCAAGUCCAAGACCACUCGCCGCCAUCUUCCUCGCCGACGCCCUCUGGCAGUACGGGCCCGCCAUCACCAUCCACACAAAUCGAAGAGGCGCCGUUCGUCUUGCAGCCCGGCACGUUCAAGUACCACCGCGGAUUGAAGAGGUUCAAUGGCCAUACUGGUCAAUGGACCCACCGGCGUGAGCGCGAAGAGGAAGAGGAGUGGAAACCGGUCGCCUUCACCUGGGACGACGAGGGCCACGAGUACUGGGAAUUCGAGGAUGGGCCGGGUGUUGGCGAUGUGUGGGUGGCGUUGGAGGAAGAGGACGAGACGCAGCUCAGCGACUCGGCGAUGGAGAGGCCCGAGCGGCACCUGCGUGCGGACAAGGACUGCCCGUCGUCGGUCACUGUCUGCGACGACGAGGACGAGUCCGCGCAGGAGCGCUGUUUAUAUCUGGGAGUUGGAGCCACAACCUACCCAAACGUCCAGACCGUAUGCCAGCGCUGGGAUGGGCUACCAGCCAAAAUUGGCAACGCCUUUGACAACGGAUUUUUGGAUGGGUUAUUGCAAUUUGGCAUUAGUUCUGAUUCUGCAUAUAUUGGUGUUGAGAAGAACAAUGCUGGAGAGUGGACUAAUAGCGAUGGCUCUCCGUUGACUUAUAAGAAUUGGGGACCAGGCGAACCCUACAACGGCCCGGGACGAUGUGCUCUGAUGAAAACCGACACUGGGAAAUGGGCCGCUACGGAAUGCUCCAAUAUACAGCCGUACGUCUGUGAUGUAGGCACCGGGAAGCGUAAUGGUACUCGCUGCACGGACGGUUGGCAUUUCCUCGACGCAACGAAAUCCUGCUAUUAUGUAUUUAACUACACCCUCGGAGGUGAUGGCUACGUGGCGAGGAGCCCAUCUAACAUCGAUACACUCGGAUCAGGAGGAUAUUUUCGUCAACCUACUAAUCCGGUCGGAAGCCUCCAAGCUGGACCAUCGCCCGCCCGGGGUUGGGGAGUUCGGGGUGGUAGAGGAAGAGACAAAGGCUCCGGUGCUCUGAAGUCUGGUGGAUGGACGGACGGUAGCCCAGUGGACUACGUCCAGGCAAAAUACGCCUAUUCGGUGCCGUACGUCUGGGCUAAAGAGAACGACAAGGAGUGUUUGCCUCCCUACUGGCUGCCCCACGACCAAGACUUUCUAUCUGCACGAUUCGUGUGUCAAAAAUUUGCGGAA